AUGGCAGCAAAUUUUACCCACAUUCCUUUGGUCGAUUAUAACGACGCAAUUUCUCCUGCCACGAAACCACGUUUCCUAUCAGCACUUAGGAACGCACUUGUGGAUGUUGGCUUCUUUUAUCUUCAGAACCCUCCAAUUGGGGUCGAUAUUCGCGAGAAGCUUGCAACGACCACAGGUGCAUUUUUCGAUCUCCCACUGGAAAAGAAGCUGGAAGUGGACGUCGUCAAUAGCAAGCACUUCCGUGGAUAUGCUUGCUCAGGUUCCGAAAAAACGGCCACAAUAAGUGAUCAACGGGAAACAUUAACUGUCGGUUUAGAUGCACCUACCCACGAUUCCAACUCUCCCAUCUACUAUGGCCUCGAAGGGCCCAAUCAGUGGCUACCCGAAGAAACCACCCCAGGCCUGCGGAAAGCGGUCGAAAUAUACAUCGAACAGACCCAGGCAUUAGCAGACGAGUUCAUUAUUUUGAUUGCCGAAGCGUUGGACCUACACCCUACUACCUUCAAUAAGGUACUACAGAGAAAAUAUCCAAUGAGUAACCUCAGAAUCAGUGCUUAUCCUCGAGUCGAUCCUUCAAUGCCUACCGAGACAGAGGUUCAGGGUGUCGGGCCUCACAAGGAUGGUAGCUUCUUAACCUACCUCCUCCAAGGAACAGAGCAUUCGAGCCUGGAGGUGCAGAACAAGUCGGGAACAUGGAUCUCAGCCCCUCCGAUUCCAAAUACACUGGUGGUGAACAUUGGCCGGUCACUCGAAGCGCUCACACAAGGAGUUUGCGUUGCGACUACUCACCGAGUCAAUUUGAAACCUUCCCAAUAUAUUGGGGCCAACGACAUUCCCCUGGGCAAGCGGCUAAGCUUUGCAUACUUCCAAAUGCUGGCUCUUGAUGUGACUCAGGAGGAUAUGAAGGUGGAAUUAGCGCCUCAUAUUUUGGCUCUACGCGAAAAUGAUGUGAAGUCCGACGCAGAGACAUUCUUGGCUGAUGUUUACAAGGGUGCCUCUGGUGAAGCUCUUCUAACAACUCUCAUUACGAGCUACCCUGAAUUGGGAAGACGAUGGUACCCUGAGCUUUUGACCAAGGCGCUCAAACAACAGCAUGAAGCAAAGAUAUUAGACGAUGCCAAUGUUUUUAAAAAGGCUCAGGCGGCUUGA